AUGGGAAGCGGUUCCUCUUCUUCUUCUUCAUCGAGUGGUACUGCACCAAAUCUGCAUGUUCUUGCAGUGGAUGAUAGCCAUGUGGAUAGGAAGGUCAUUGAGAAGUUACUGAAGAUUUCUUGUUGUAAAGUGACCGCUGUGGAAAGUGGGAGGAGGGCUCUGCAAUAUCUGGGCUUGGAUCAGUUGGAUGGAGACAAAAGCCCUGUUGAAUUUGAUGGAUUGAAGGUUAAUCUUAUAAUGACAGAUUAUUCCAUGCCUGGGAUGACUGGAUACGAACUUCUUAAAGAGAUUAAGGGUUCAUCAAGGUUAAGAGAAAUACCAGUGGUGAUAAUGUCAUCGGAAAACAUUUUGGGUCGAAUUGACAGGUGUAUGGAGGAAGGUGCUAAAGAGUUUCUUGUAAAACCAGUUAAGCUAUCGGAUGUGAGGAGAUUGACAGAUUUCAUACUACAAGGUGACGAGGAUCAUCAAAAGGUGGGAUCCCGUAAGAGAAAACUUUGGGAUGUUCCACGAUCAUGGUUUUCCACCUCUUGCCAGUGA